CUAAGGCUCUCCAAACGAAUAUUCUGAACCAAAAAAACGAAAAUUUUCACUACAAAAAGCACAUUUUUUCUUUUUAAUCUUUAAAAUUUCAAGUUAAAAAAGACAAAAAGAAAGCUGAAGUUUAAAAAAAAAAAAUAAUGGUAGCUUUAUCAAUGGUUCCAUUUCUGGGCACAGUUCGAUCCACAACUUCUUUAACGAGUUUGGCACCUUACAAUCGCCAAAUAUCAAUACAAAACUCUCCAAUUUCAUUUCCAAGAAAUGGGUUCUCUCCAUUCAGGAGGUUUCUUCAAGCUUGCCUUCAAUCUAGUUUUGCUAGUGUGGAUACGGGAGCAAAGUUACCCGCAGAACAAUCUGAGAUAAUUUUUGUAGGGACGGGAACUAGUGAAGGCAUUCCUCGUGUCAGCUGCCUAACUGAUCCUGUAAAGAAAUGCCCGGUGUGCACCAAAGCUGUAGAGCCUGGUAACAAAAACCGGAGACUUAAUACAAGCAUGCUUAUUCGUUAUUCUAAGCCUUCUGGAAGAUGCAACAUUCUAAUAGAUGCUGGCAAGUUUUUCUACCACAGUGCUCUUCGAUGGUUUCCAGCCUUCGGGAUAAGAACAAUUGAUGCGGUUAUAAUUACUCAUUCUCAUGCUGAUGCAAUUGGAGGUCUUGAUGAUCUACGUGAUUGGACAAACAAUGUGCAGCCAAACAUCCCAAUUUAUGUUGCAAAGCGUGAUUUCGAGGUGAUGAAGAAGACUCAUUAUUAUUUGGUAGAUACAAGUGUCAUUACACCUGGUGCUGCAGUCUCAGAUCUGCAAUUUAAUAUCAUACAAGAAGAACCUUUCAUCGUGCAUGAUUUACAGUUUACCCCUUUACCUGUGUGGCAUGGUCAUGGUUAUCGUUCACUUGGUUUUCGUUUUGGUAAUACUUGUUACAUCAGUGAUGUCAGCGAUAUACCUGAAGAAACUUAUCCUCUUCUGGAGAACUGUGAAAUCCUCAUUCUGGAUGCUUUGCGGCCUGAUCGUUCUUCAUCAACUCAUUUUGGACUCCCAAGGGCUUUGGAGGAAGUACGGAAGAUUAAACCCAAGAGGACACUCUUUACCGGCAUGAUGCAUCGGAUGGACCAUGAAAAAGUGAAUGAAUACCUCAAAAAUUUGAUGAAAACCGAGGGUCUUGAUGUACAACUGAGCUACGAUGGAUUGCAAGUACCAAUAGCACUCUAGCCUCAUGUUAGCAUUCUUUUCUCAAUUAGAACUCCUUAUGCCAUAAUCUGCAGCUGAAAGUUCAAUUGUAUUCCAUGAGCUAACAUGAUAAAGAUAACAAUUUUGGGGCAUUGUACAUACCCCAUACAUUUCUUAUUCAAUUCCUAUAUACAUUUUAGAUUUCAAAUUUCUGAACCAGAAUAAUCUCCAUUUUCUUAAUGCUCUUAUUUUUCUAGUUGUUCUACAUUUUGAAGAAGAAUCAAGAUAUGCUAAGCCCAUUUUUAUCCUGAUCUUGAUUCUUGCUUUGACCAUAUCUUAUUCUUUAAUUAUCUAUUAAUUAAGCCUGAAAUUAUUUCAGUCCAAAUGCAAAAUAGCCAAUCUUUGAAACUCUGCCAUGCAGCUGGGUAUUUGCUGGAUGCCCUUUGUAAACGAGUGUGGAAAAACCAGUAUUUCCAUGGAAAAAGGUUAUCAGACGUUAUUCCACUUCCACAACAAAGACAUUAUAAUAUGCAUGUCAUCAGUUUUUUUAUGGUAGAACUAGAAAGUUUCAUCAGAUAGUUUUACUUCGUCCAACAAAAUGGGUGUCCCCAAUUAGUAGGCUUCCCUCAGGCCUCAAUCCCAAAGAACAUCCAACAAAAAUUUUGGUAAGAUCCCAUUGUCGGUUGUGAGUUUGAAUUUCAAGACACUGAAAUGAUCAAAAUCUAAAUUU